AAGUAACUAGAACAUGGAUUGUUGAUAAGGUUCGGCCUGUUUGAAGAAACAACAAACCUGAUAUAAUAACGUCGAAUCGUUCUUAAUUAAACAGUCAAUACAAUGAUUUUAACUGUAAAACCACUUCAAGGAAAGGAGUGCAACGUACAGGUCACAGAAGAUGAAAAAGUAUCCACUGUGAAAGAACUGGUGUCUGAACGUCUGAAUAUACCUGCAAAUCAGCAGCGAUUGCUUUACAAAGGGAAAGCCCUUGCAGAUGAACACCGAUUGAGUGAUUAUUCCAUUGGGCCAGAGGCCAAGUUAAAUUUGGUGGUUCGUCCUGCGGGGGAGAGGAGUGGUGUGACUGGGAUGGCUAGCAGUAGCAGUGCUGUUGGUGGGGUGUGGCAGACUCUGUCCACUGUCCUGGCGAAGCACUUCAGCCCUGCAGAUGCAGCUAAAGUGCAAGAACAGCUUGUCAAGGAUUAUGAACGUUCACUUCGGCAACUCAGCCUGGAUGACAUUGAACGCCUGGCCGGGCGACUGCUUCACCCAGACAGUGAGGGUAUGGACACAUCGUACAUGGAUUGAGGGCCUACCUAUCUGACAUGACAGUAUUCUGGCGAUUCCCAGAGGAGCGGUGGGUCAAUUUUGACAGAUUAUGGCAGGGGAACUGCAGUGUAAAUUAACUUCAUGCUGAGAAUCCCCAGUGUCAGCCUUAUAUAGGUUUAAUUGUACAGGGAUAAAAUGAACUGUUGACUAUAGUCUUAUUGCAAAGCUUCCAGAUUACAGCCUGGCUUAAUGAUUAUUUUCUUUGUUUUCUUCAGUCAUUCCAGUUCAAUUAAUAGGAUAUUUUCACUUGAUCAAAUCAAGACUGAAAUGAGAGCCAAUCCCUUUUGACUGUUGGUCUAAAGUUAUCUGUGGCUGCUACAUCACGCUACAAGAGGACACUGAGUAAUUAUGGAAGUUCUUAUUUAUAAGCAAUGUGUUUGAAAUGAAUGAUGGUAUGUUUUCUGUAAACUAUCUGUAAGAAGGUGAGUGGUGCCUGUCUGUUCAGCCAUUUGCAGCCAUUGUAUGAUUUGUAAAUAUUGUGUUUAUACAAGCAUUAAAAAAGAAAGUUACUGUUUUUCCCUAAAUUCCAAAUACAGUACAACUCAAUAGGCCUAGCCCUAGUAUGAAAGAAAGCACAAUCUACCUCAAAUAGUGCUGUCAUAAUUGCACCUUUUUAUUCAACUUUGUCAGGAAGUUAUUUAACAAUUUAAUAAAAUAUAUAGGGGUAUUUAACUUCUA